AUGACACAAGCAUCACCACAGAUACAGCUACAUAAUCUUUCGUCCUCUGACGGCUCUGCCUCAUACAUUUCUCCAUGCUCUCUGCAAAGAAUAAUAGCAGGAGUCAACUACCCUCUCGAAGUAUCCUACCGCAGCAAAGAAGUCCCAGACGACACAUAUAUAGAGGUCAACCUACGUCCUCAUAAUGCUGUGGCAGGAGUCAAGGAGCAUCAUGUCGAAGAAGUCGUUAGGAGGGUGUUGAAGAGCAUGAUUAGAGGCGAGGAGACCCCACGGACGAUGCUGCAGUGUACUUUACAGGUUAUGGAGGUGGAAAACGACGAAAGUUUACCUGGUGGUGUAAAAGGUGGUGGACAGGGUGAGAGUUAUCUGGAAAUGCUUUGUGGAGGGCUCAAUGCUGCGAUUCUGGGUUGUUUGGAUGCUGGAGUGCAGAUGCGGACUGUGGCAGGAGCAGUGCUCGUGGCUGGAGACCAAUAUAUGGCCAAGCUUGAAAGAGAGGAAGAUGGCUAA